AUGGACGUCAAUCGUGAGGCUUCACUUACUUAUAAGAGAUAUCUUGACGUGUCGAAUGCACCGCCCGUGUAUACGUCAACAGACGAAUUGAACGCUUACUUUGGUCAAUUCGGCGGCUGCUUUGUAGCCGAAACGCUUAUUCAGGCACACCAUGACCUUAUUGAUGCAUAUGUUAAAGCCACCCAGGACCCUUCUUUUCGCGAGGAGUUGGAACAUUUAGGCCGUGAUUACAUUGGCCGUCCUACUCCAUUGUAUCAUGCGAAGCGCCUCACAGAUCAUGCUAAUGGCGCACAGAUUUGGCUUAAGCGUGAGGAUUUGGCACACACUGGCGCACACAAGAUCAACAACGCGCUGGGCCAGGCAGUACUUGCGAAGCGUUUGGGUAAGAGUCGCAUUAUUGCGGAAACUGGUGCUGGUCAGCACGGUGUGGCCACAGCUACAGCCUGCGCGUUAUUAGGGUUAGAAUGUGUCAUUUACAUGGGAUAUGUAGACACACAACGUCAGUCGCUAAAUGUUUUUCGCAUGAAAAUGCUGGGGGCUAAAGUCAUUGCUGUUAAAAGCGGCUCUCAGACGCUUAAGGAUGCUGUAAAUGACGCUAUUCGCGACUGGGUGACCAAUGUUAACGAUACACACUAUAUUAUCGGCUCGGCCAUUGGUCCACACCCGUUCCCGACUAUUGUGCGCGACUUUCAAGCGAUCAUUGGCCGUGAAAUCAAAAGACAAUUGCAGGAAGAGAUUGGCCGUCUACCAGAUGCUAUUGUGGCCUGUGUCGGGGGUGGAAGUAAUGCCAUUGGUAUGUUCCACCCUUUCGUUAAAGACAAUGGGGUCGCUAUCUACGGAGUUGAAGCUGGUGGAGACGGUGUCGACACUCCUCGUCACUCCUCGACGCUAUUAGGUGGUCGCCCGGGUGUUCUUCACGGCACCAAGACAUAUAUAAUGCAAGAUGCAGCAGGUCAGGUUGUGGAGACUCACUCUGUCUCCGCUGGGCUAGAUUACGCUGGUGUUGGUCCAGAGCACGCGUUUUUGAAAGACUCUGGCCGCGCUCAGUACGUUAGUGUAACGGAUAAGGAAGCGCUCGAAGCUUUUCAGCUCAUUUCUCUUCACGAAGGUAUCAUUCCGGCACUUGAAAGCGCACACGCUGUGCACUUUGGUGUACAUCUUGCCUCCACACUGUCACCUGACCAGGUUGUGGUCAUCAAUAUUAGUGGUCGUGGAGACAAGGACAUGCUACAAGUCGCUAAGGAACUAGGAGUAAAUUUGAACGACGAUUUAACUGACAACUAG